GCGCGCGCGGGCCGAGCGGGAGCGCGCGUCAGUGCCAGGCCUUGCGCGCCAGGUUGCGGGAGUCAUGCGGCGGGCUAGGAGCGUGGCGACCAGCAAGCUGCGCGGGCAGAAGCGGUCAGGUGCCUCCAGUUCUCCGGUGGCUGCCGCCUCAGCUCCCCGCGACAGCCGCGCCCGGUGCUCGGCGAGCAAGGCCGGAGGCGGGAGCCCGGCGGCGAGCAGGCAACCGUCGGCGAAGAAGCGGCCGAAGCCGAAGCCGUCGCCCCCGCGGGCCCAGGCGGAGGGCCCCGAGGAGCCGCCGGCGGAGUUGACGCUGCUCCCGCCGCCGCCGCCGCCACAGACCCCAGCGACCCCAACGUCCUCGGUGUCCACGCUGGAGCUGGGCGCGCAGCGGGAGCGCUGGGAGGCGUUCCAGAAGCGGCAGAGGCUCAGCUUCGAGGGCGCCGCCAAGCUCCUGCUGGACACCUUUGAAUACCAGGGCCUGGUGAAGCACACAGGAGGUUGCCACUGUGGAGCAGUUCGUUUUGAAGUUUGGGCCUCAGCAGACUUACACAUCUUUGAUUGCAACUGCAGCAUUUGCAAGAAGAAGCAGAAUAAACACUUCAUUGUUCCAGCUUCUCGCUUCAAGCUCCUGAAGGGAGCCGAGAGCAUAACCACUUACACGUUCAAUACGCACAAGGCCCAGCAUACCUUCUGUAAGAAAUGUGGUGUUCAGAGCUUCUACACCCCCCGCUCCAACCCUGGAGGCUUUGGAAUCGCCCCACAUUGCCUGGAUGAAGGCACCGUGCGGAGUGUGGUCACUGAGGAAUUCAAUGGUAGUGAUUGGGAGAAGGCCAUGAAGGAGCACAAGACCAUCAAGAACAUGUCUAAAGAGUGAGCUCCUGCUUCUCCUUUGUCGAAAAGGGCCAGCAUGCCAUCUCGGCGGUGUGGCUGACCAGGCUGCUGGUGCUGCUGGCCAGCGGUUGCCUUGGUCUCCGUGGUUUGAUCCAGUUACCAGUUUCUUUAGGCAGCUCUUUGUCGUUUCCCCAGCUCUUUGUCCUUAUGCCCAGAUUUUGAUGCAGGCUAGUUCACCCCGUCCCUUCUUUUCCCCAACUUUUGUGUGAUCUUUUAGAAAAUAAAUAUUUUUAACAUGAA